AAAAGAAUCUGAAAGGUGAAUGUUUUUUGAGAGAGAAAAUGGACUAAACAAAGGCAUAAAGCUACAAAGUGUGCUAUCCGAGAGAAAAAGGGCAUUUGCUUUCCCUCAUUUCUCUUAAUUAGAAUUGAGGAAAUAACGCUGAUCUGAAAAUUCUGAGUUUAUGCAUAAUUGAUUGCCACUGAAGUUUGAAAUGAUGACGUUCGGAAUUUGGAGAGAGGGACGAGGAGAGCCUCAUCCUGCUGCCAAGCCAAUGGCUUAUGCAAACUGGUUGUUCAUAUUGAACUUGAAUGGCCUAUCUUCUAUGGUUUUGGGGAUACAAAUGCUCUGCUGCUAAAUGAUAAGCUGCUUGAGCUAUAGAAAUACAGUUUGUUGACAAUGCAGCUUUGAGCAUUGGUUUUUUCCUUUCAAGGAAUCCCUGGGAGUCAACAUUCUUUCUACUACUAAUUUAUUUUGCUCAAUGCAGCUUUGAACAUUAGUUUUCUUCUCUUUUAUCCAUUUGGCUUUAUUAUUCAUUCUACUUGCACAUUUUCUUGGAUGCCUUAAAAUCCCAACAUAGGGAUGGUAUAAAUUUGAAUUUCUGAG